AUGGUUUACUGUGCCUACUGCGGGAAAGGCUUCACCCGCAAGGAGCACUUGGAGCGUCAUAUACCAAGUCAUACCAACGUGAAACCACAUCGUUGCACGGCUUGCCAACUAUCCUUUGCUCGGCGAGAUCUGCUGCAAAGACACUAUACGACGUACCAUGAGGCGAGGGAUCCGACCGAGCCCCUCCCAGGCGGACCGCCAACAGUUGCGGGACGAACACCCAUUGCGUGCCAAAACUGUGCCAACGCCAAAACGGGUUGUGAUAAGAGGGUGCCGUGCGGAAGAUGCACGGAAAAGAACUUGCCAUGCGAGGCCCGCUACGCGAGACGAUCGUCCAAGGCUGCCGUCCGCGCCGCGCAAGCGACUGCCGCGUUUCACAGUGCGCUCACUCCAUCGCCGGAGCAAACACCACCGACCGCAGUCGCCAACAUCAACCCCUUGGAUGCCAACCAGCCGGGCGUCAAGCCAGAAGGUAACAGCUCUCCCACAGCCAUCGAGGUUGUGAUUCCGGGCUUCGGUCUUGCAGAAGGCUGUUCAAAACAGGCCUCGCCGUAUCACCUCCAAGUGAGCCCCGGUGAACUCUCGUCACCUCACAACCAGAUGGAGGGCGGCCUGGACGACUUCAUGCACAUUACGAACGAUUAUGCUCCCCAGGGCGCAACAUACCACGAUCUCAUGCUUUGGCCCGAGUUCUCCAUGAAUAUCGAGGUUUAUCCGAGCAACGUAGAGCUUGGCAGGCCAGACAUUUCGAUGUCUGCCUUCCCGGAUCUGGGGGACGUGUCGCCUCCAUCAGAGCCCCUCACGGCCUCUUCGUCGUCGCGGAGCUCCAUACGCACCCCUGGGACUAGCACUAUGUCACUUGCGGACCUUGACAACGGCUUGAAGCCCAUGGAACUCUCAGUAACAUCCCCAACCGACAACUCGAUCCCCGAGUUUGAGGUUGUAAUCGCGGCCGAAGGGGCAUGGAACUUGGCACGAUGUAACCCACCACCAUCCAUCACCGGAACUUGUCCCCGUACGGCAAUUGUCCAUCUCGAAUGCCUGGAGCAGAAGUCGAAGCAGGAGGGAACAUGGAGCUCCCUGGAAAAAUACUUGGAGCAGGUCGAUUGGGAUGCCUCGGACCUGGCGUCAGUGGUGCCCUUGACCUCCCGCACCAGGGACAAGAUGGUUGCCAUCACUCAGAGCUUCCUGCACAAGGCCCUCGAGAUCCAUCGCGGCGGCUCUAGUUACCCCAAGAGUGGUUACGCCACUCCUGGUGAUUUCAACUUCAUCGUGCUGCCGUCGGCCAAGAUCCUGGAAUACUUCCUGCGCAGCUAUGUCCGCAGCUUAUCGAUGUACUAUCCUCUGGUCACGGCUGGCUGCUUGGAUCCGAAUGAGAUGCUGCAAAACAACCAAGCAUCGACGCUGCUGGUGUUGCUUAUGAUCGCCCAGGGGGCCGCCGCAAUGCCAAUGGCAGAGGCUCGCUACCUCGCGGCGGGCCUGGCUGAGACCUGUCGCAUUUCGCUCUUCGACAUUGUAGAAAAAGACGUUGGGCUUUCGGCAGACCCCAUCGCUCUCCGCGCCGCUCUCCUGUUCAUUGUCCUCGGGGUCUGGAGCGGCGACAAGUGGCUCAUGGACAUUGCGAUGGGUCAGAGGGGCAUGUACAUGUCGAUGCUCAAACAUGCUGGCAUGUUUGAUCCGCAGCCAUGCAUGGUACCAUCGUUCAACGACGCUUCCAGCACCGAACUCGAAUGGCGCGCCUGGGUUCAGCGUGAAACCCGCAAUAGGCUGGUCUACAACUACGUUAUGCUCGACCAGGAGCUCAGUCUGUUCUACGACACGGCACCCCUGUUUGCUAUUACGGAACUUCGAUGCCCUCUGCCAGGUCCCGAGAUGCUUUGGAUGUCGUCUGAAUCGGAGCAAUGGUUCUCGGCCAUGCAAUCGGUGUAUGGUUGUACGGCCAACGUUAACCCCCAACUUCUCAGUACUCCGUCAGCCACACCGUCACUGUAUGACCUCUUCCAGGACUUUCUCCAUGACAACCUUUCCAGGGGCCAGCGCAAUCUGUCUCCGCAGCAGCUGAGGUUGGUUCUACACCCGCUGCAGGCACUGCUCUACCAUCUGCGCCAGAUGCUAUCAUGCUUCUCGGACACUCCUGGUCCGCGGCGCACAGGCGCUCGUUCUGUCACCAAAAGCUCUACGCUUCACAGGCUGGAGGAAGUGCAGGACCUGCUGCAGAGGUGGUACGACCUUUCAGCAAACCACGCCAAGGCAAAUCCCGACUGCCCCGUCACCCGGUGCAACCUCGUUCUUUACCACCUCAUCUGUCUCAACGCCGUGACCGACUUUGCCGAGAUUGAGCGGUUUGCCCGCCGCGAGGCGUUUGACCACUGGUACUGGGAUAUAUCGCAACUCAAGAACCGGUGCAUAUUUCAGCGCGGGGAGGCCGUCUUCCACUGCGGCCAGGUCUUUCGGCUACUCCGACUCAUGCCCAACGACCGUCGACCGGCCUGGUGGACUGUCGCCAUGUACCGUGCCACGUUGAUUCUCUGGGUCGAUAGUGUAUCAAGGGUGUACUCCGGCUCCCAUACAAACAAGCGGGACGACUCUGGAGCAGCGCCACAAUCGGCACCCGUCAUCAUCGACCAAGCGACCCCUGAGGACGCCUCUAUCAACGCCUACGUAUGGAACAGUACUGGAGUGGCAAUGCUGACACGGACGGACGGAACCAUGGUUACGCUGGACAAGCCGGCCGGCAUCUUGUCCUACGCUAUCCAGAGCCUCGAGGCUGGUUUCAGCUCGCGCAUCGGCGAUGGAAUCAAGCGGAAGUUGAUCGCUUUGGGAAAUAACUGGAACGUCGAGGCUAUGACGGCAUUCCCGUCUGGCAGCAGUGGAAACUAG